GUGGAAAUAAAAACUUUACUGUUCUGUAACUGCAUGCGCACGAGAGAUUUGCAGGGAGCUGUGUGGGUGCCGGUAGCCUUCUUUCGGUUCCACAUUCAUGUGUGUGAAGUGAAUGUUUUGUACUGCCUAAGGAAAGGACCGAGUUAUCAGAGGCGUGCAGGUUUUACUACUCUUCCUGUAAAAACAUCCCGAGAAGCCACGGCCCAAUGCAGCCAGGAAGAGGGCAGGAAGUUGGGCUGAGAUCACAGGAAGUAAAGAAAGUCCAAAGCCAGAAAGGCUUUACUAUGAAAAACAGGUUUAGUGGAAGUUUCUGGAAAGCGUAGCAGUGUACCCUGUCGUUUAAAGAAAUUAUGAUUGCGAUUUUUGGGUGUGUUGGUAGAUAUAUGUGGGAGUUUUUAUGAUCCUGUAUUUAUAAUGGAAUUAGAAUUAUGAAGGUUUUAUAUUGCUUAAUUCAGGCUGGCACCAUUUUCUCUAUUAAAAUAUUGAUAUUCUAACGGCAACAUACUUAUCAUGUAUAAAUAAGAUCUCUCAUUUAUCCUGUCCAAGGAUUUUCGCUACAUUUUAUCCAUCACAAAUACACAGUGCCCUUAAUUAGAAGCUGACUGUAUUGGUAACAGGAAUGACAGAGAUGUUUAUUACAAUCAGAAUGACAGAUUUGAAUGUAGCCUCACUUGAGGUGUUUAGAGAGACAUUGAUGAUUGGUUGAGAAGAUGCAUCCCCAGUGCUAAUUGGUCGAGGCAGAGAGGAAUGUUUUUGGUUGGUUGAGAUGGGUUGAGAUGGUCUGUAAACUUUCCUGCUGUAAUUUCCUUUUUCCUGCUUGGGAAUUUUCAACAUCAGGGUUGGGCUUUAAGUGUCCUGAGUUCAGAGGGAGUGCUGGGACGUUCCAUCUGAUACUUUAUAAACCUGGAAAAACAUUAUACACUGUUUGGAAUACAACCACUGGAAUACAAGACUUAAAGCGUGGAAAAGUUUAAAGAAUACAGUGAGGAGACAACAUCUACGAUUCUUUUACUGUAUGGGAAAGUGCACAUGGGAAGUCCAGGUCAAAGAGGGACUUUGCGGGGGAUUCUUGAAAAUAGAUUAGCUUCACACAGACGUCUUCUAACUGUCACAGUACUUACAGGGUUGUGAGGCUGGCGUGUUGAGCAGAACGCACACACACUCACAUAGACAUACACUCCCAGAGCAUGCCUAUCAGUCCACCUGCCGAAGGCAAACAUGAGGGUCUUGACCGGCUACGGCAACAGCACGCCCCUACCAAUGGUAACCACGGAGAUGACAGCAUUCGGGUCUCUCCUGGGACUAAAUCUACAUCCGAACCUAUGGAGGAUCUCCACGGAAACGCAGUUGUCAUCCGCAUUGGAAUCCCUGAUUUGCAACAAACGAAAUGCCUGCGAUUGGACCUUGAAGCUCCAGUAUGGGUUUGUAAACAGCAAGUUCUGGUCACUUUGACACAAAGUCUGACUGAUGUGCUUAACUAUGGGCUCUACCUCCCUGCCUUUAAUGGGCGUGCCGGAAAGUUCCUCGAUGAGGAGAGAUUGCUCAGGGAGUACCCUCUCCCUACAGUCACACCUGUACCAUACUUAGAGUUCCGUUAUAAGAGGCGUGUUUACACUCAGAGCCAUGUAGAUGACAAGCAACUGGCUAAAUUACAUACUAAGGCCAAUUUAAAGAAGUUUAUGGAGUAUGUACAACAGAGGAGCGUGGAGAAAGUCUGCCGAUUCCUUGAAAAAGGGCUGGACCCCAACUUUCACGAUACUGAGAGUGGAGAAUCGCCUCUGACUCUCGUGGCCCAGCUGGACUCGUGUGCUGAACUGAUCAAGGUGUUGAGGAGCGGUGGAGCCCACCUGGACUUCAGAACCAGAGAUGGCCUGACUGCACUUCACAAAGCGGCCCAAACACACAACCAUGUAGCAUUGACUACAUUGUUGGAUCUGGGGGCAUCUCCGGACUAUAAAGACAGUCGUGGGCUUACCCCCCUCUAUCACAGCGCGAUGGUCGGGGGAGAUCCGUACUGCUGUGAGCUGCUUCUAUACGAUCACGCCCAGCUGGGCUACAGUGAUGAGAAUGGCUGGCAGGAGAUCCAUCAGGCUUGUCGUCAUGGAAACGUGCAGCACCUUGAGCACCUGUUAUUUUAUGGUGCGGAGAUGAGUGCUCAGAAUGCCUCAGGAAACACAGCACUACACCUGUGUGCCCUCUACAAUCAGGAAGGCUGUGCAAGAGUUCUCCUAUUUCGAGGAGCAAAUAAAGAAAUUAAGAACUACAACAACCAAACAGCAUUUCAGGUUGCCAUCAUCGCAGGGAACUUUGAUCUGGCAGAAAUCAUCAAGAUUCAUAAAACCUCAGAUGUUGUGCCUUUCAGGGAGACUCCCUCAUACUCGUCUCGACGGCGUACUGUCUGCAUAUCCCCACGCCGCUCUUUGAUGCGAUCGGCUAGUGAUAAUGCUCUGGAUGAGAGUUUGCCUGCCCCGUCUCCAGCCCCCUCUCUUCGCAGUCUCCCCCAUCUGGAGCCCGAUGACAACGUCCCCACCCAGCGCAGCCCCCAAGCUACUCAUACACACACCCGGAGCCUCAGGAGACAUGCUCGCGGACACCUCAGCCCUGGCAGUCCCGUCCAGAGAGAGCCAAGUCCUCCUGCUGUUUCUCGGGGGCCAAAACGACGGCUCUAUAGUGCGGUGCCCGGCCGUACCUUCAUAGCCGUUAGCUCCCACUCCCCACAGGGCGAGGGUGAGAUCACACUGAACCGUGGAGAGAGGGUCAAAGUGUUAAGCAUUGGUGAGGGAGGAUUCUGGGAAGGAUCGGUUAAAGGACGAACUGGCUGGUUUCCUGCGCACUGUGUAGAGGAGGUCCAGAUGAGACAGUAUGACCCGCGACUUGAGACAAGAGAGGAUCGCACCAAGAGACUUUUCAGGCACUAUACUGUUGGCUCUUAUGACAACUAUACCUCCUACAGCGAUUAUGUUAUUGAAGAAAAAAGUGCAACGUUGCAGAAAAGAGACAGUGAAGGAUUUGGCUUUGUGCUUCGGGGAGCUAAAGCCGAGACACCAAUUGAAGAGUUCACACCAACACCUGCAUUUCCUGCACUGCAAUAUCUGGAAUCAGUGGACCUCGAGGGAGUGGCAUGGAGGGCAGGAUUAAGGACGGGGGAUUUUCUCAUAGAGGUAAAUGGGGUGAGUGUUGUAAAAGUGGGACACAGGCAGGUGGUGUCUCUAAUUCGGCAGGGUGGGAGUCGGCUCAUAAUGAAGGUGGUGUCUGUCACACGCAAACUUGAAACUGGGGAUAUGGUCCGCAAAAAAGCCCCACCACCUCCCAAGAGAGACCCGAGCACCAGCCUGACCCUACGCUCCAAAAGCAUGACUGCAGAACUGGAGGAACUGGCGUCGAGGAGAAGGAGGGGAGAGAAGCUGGAUGAGAUGUUAAGUUCACCCAGAGAACCUGUUGUAGUGAUGAGGCCUCGCCCCCUGGAUUCAGAUUCCAGAGCAGCCACUGUGAAACAGAGACCAACGAGUCGUCGCAUCACACAGGCUGAGAUCAGUUCCUUGUUAGAGAGACAGGGUUUGCCAUUAAAUGCAGGAGUGUCCUGGGGUGUGGACAAAAGUCACAUACAGCUGCCUCGGGGGAUGUCCAGAACCAAGUCAUUUGGUGCUCCUGAAGACGAAAGAACUUCUGCCUUGAUUGGAGAGCAUCGAUUCCCUAGAAGCUCCUCAAUGACUGACAGCUUUAGACAAGACAGUAUUCCACCCCCUCCGCAAACAGCUCCUCCACCACCUCCGACUCCCUACUUUCUUGAUUCAGGGCCACCUCCUUCCUUUCUUCCACCUCCUCCUCCCUCUCGUGCUGCUAACCAGAACAGAUCUAGCUUCCGCCCGGGGGUGGAGCCUAAGCUUCAUGGCCCAGUCACAACUGACCGUCAACGUAAAACCCGUUCCAUGAUAAUUCUCCAGGACACCACCCACCUGCCAGUGGAGCCUGCCCCUAUAGCAAGGCCACAAACGCCUACCUCUGGAGCUGUUCCUCCUGAACGUGGCCGUAGGCGUGGGCCACCUGUGGAGAACCCAUAUGCUAAUGUAGGUCGCCUAAGUGCUGUUUUUACUCCAACCAAGCCUCAACGUAGAAAGAGCCCACUUGUCAAGCAGGGACCAGUUGAGGAAGGAGCAGGUAAUCAGACUAGUAGAGACCCUUCUCCUUUGGGAGGGUCAAGGAUUCCGCACAGCACCAGAGCAGAGCAGUUCCAACAGCAAGUUCUCUCGGAACGAGCCAGGAUCACACCCCCUGGGGCUCGACGCAGACCCAGCGUUUUUCUGUCCGUAGAAGGUGCUGGAACAGAACCACAGACAACUCCAUUACUUUCUCAGUCCCAUUCAGUGGAUGAAUUGGCUGAGUUGCCUCCACCUGCACCUAUGCUUUCCCCUGGCCCACCACCAGGUGGCACCACUUUUAUACAUCCUCUAACAGGUCGACCGUUGGAUCCCUCCUCUCCAUUAGCACUUGCACUGGCUGCACGGGAACGGGCUCUUAGUGGUCGGAAUACACCAACUCCUACACCUUCACCCACACCUUCUCCUAUUCAAGGUCGAGCAGUGGAGAGGCCAGAAACAGAGGGAGGAGCAACACCCCCUGCUCCUCUUGAGGUUCCUCCUGCAAAUUCAUGGAGAGAGGAACCUGUCAGUAUUACAGAAACAGCUAGCCAGAUGACAAGCGGCAGCCCUGGAUCUGGACGAAGCUUGGAAGAGGCAUUAGUGCCACCGAAUGUGCACGGUGUCCAGGCUACACUAAUGGAUACAGAGCAUAGCCAACCAGCAAUCCCACCCACAUUGCCCUCCCCUGCUCCGACCCUCUCAAAUCUAACUGCACGAAGUCUGACUAUGAGCUCGGAGGAGGAUGCAGAGCCCUACACAGUGACUCUGCCCCCUGCCCUGCUCUCCUCAAGCGAUGAGGAAACAAGAGAGGAGCUUCGAAAGAUAGGCCUUGUGCCACCCCCUCAACCCUUUGCAAAUGGCCUUCUAAGUAAAGAAACACCCAAAUCCACUUUAAGCAUAUCACCUAGUGGAUCACGACCAUCAAUAGCAAAGACUUCCUCUGGUAAAGCAAGUGAUUCAACAGCGGACUCUGGGGUUGAAGACCCUCAUAUGGAGACCACUAGUACUGUUUCCACAGUCUCCAGCAUGUCCACUUUGUCUUCAGAGAGCACAGAUUCCGCUCAUGCAAGCAAACCACGUUGUGGGGUGGGUCGUGGUCGCCCCGCUCAUCUCAGGGACCCACUGCUUAAACAGUCAUCAGACAGUGAGCUGCUUCCACACCCACCCAGUACAGGCCCCACUCGUCCACGCUACCUAUUCCAAAGACGCUCCAAACUCUGGGGGGAGGAGCCCCGGACCCAAGUGGGUGGGGCUGAUGAAAGUCGGCCUGCUGCUAUGGGGGCAGAGUUAUUAAGCAAGGACACUCAUUCACUGGGGGAGGAGCCACCAAUGGGAGCGCCACUUGAUCCUGGCAGAAGGUCACCAGUGGGAGGUGCUAGACUCUUUAGUAGUUUAGGGGAGCUGCACACCAUUUCUCAGAGGAGUUACGGCACCACCUUUACGAUCCGGCCUGGGAGCCGAUACCCUGUGACCCGUAGGACUCCAAGCCCCGGAGCCACCACUGAAAGGAGUGAACCGCUGGGCCCCGUUCGUACUUUUGGACCCCAUCACCACCAUCAUACUAUCCUCAAGUCCUCUAGCCUGAGCUUGCCCCAGGAGCCCAAGGAGGUGCGUUUCGUCAUGAGGAGCGCUAGUGCACGAGCACGCAGCCGGUCUCCAUCACCUUCCCCAUGCGCUUCCCCUUGCCCCUCACCGGUACUUGGAGCCCCUCUUCUGGCCCUGCGACCAUUCAGACAGCGCCCCCUAGCACUGUGGAGUAAGUAUGAUGUAGGAGAAUGGCUAGAGAGUGUAGGACUAGGGGAACACCGUGCACGGUUUUUGGAACAUGAGAUUGAAGGUGCACACUUGCCCGCCCUGACCAAGGACGAUUUGGCUGAGUUAGGAGUAACUCGAGUGGGGCACAGAAUGAACAUUGAACGUGCGCUGAAGCAGCUGCUAGAGAGUUGAGGUGAACAAAAAUACAGGAAAUAGUUCAACACCCUAUUACUAAAUAAUUUAAAUUGUUUUAAAACAAAAUAAAAACAUUUAUUAACAUUUGUCAUUUUUAUUACACAUUUUUUUCACACACCUAGGUGAAAAGUUAACACACUAAACUCCGCCCCCACUCUUUUAGAAAAUAGCCCUCACACAAUACUUUACUCAGGCACCCUUGAUAUUACAUUCACACAUUUGAUCUUCACAUUCAUCACUUGUUUUUACUUUUUCAACUACUGAGAGAAAAAUUUACAUGCUGGAAAGGAACACGGACCCAUUGCGCAAUAUGAUAUCUUCUAUUUAUAGUAAGAAUUAUUAUAGGAAUCUUAAGAAUUACAUUACCUGGCCAUGUUUUUUAAAUGGGGUUCCCUGCACAAUAACAAAUGAAAUAGCUAGCAAGCAGCCAUUUCUUUUACAGUAUGUGCCAUGUUUUACAAUUCAAACUACAAUUAUGAAGGUGUGGGACAACACUACAGCCGGAGAUUGCACUGUCAAAGGAAGUAUAAGGAUAUCUGCAAUGUCUGGAUUUCGACGGAUUAUAUUUAUUUCCAAGAUAGACAUCUGAAAUCUAGAAAGCAGAAUCCACCUGGGAGCAAAAUGGAUGAAUAAAGAAUGGAAAGCUCUUCUGUAAAGGAUGCCAAUGCUUCCAAGUGCCCAGAAUUUACAGUAUUUUCAUUAACCAUCUUGCAACUGAAAAUUAGAAAGCCAUGCUAAUGGUAUUAAGAUGUAUUGCGUGACUGGACUUGGCAUUUAAAUGCAACAUGUCCAAGUAAGAGAGGAUCUGACAAUCUGCCCUAAACCAGGAGAAAAAAAACUUCUCCCAAUACAAUACAAGUGUGGCCUUGAGGUAAUACUGCUGCCAUCUAAAAUUAGUUAAAUAUAGAUAUUUUCACUCAAUACAUUUGAUUUUAUAUGUAUAUGAUAUAUGGAAUUAUUUAUUAAAAAAGGAGAUGAGAAUAAUGUAAGAUAUACUUGUCUUAUGCCCCUUGAGUUUUUCAUAUUUAGUCUUUUAAUUUUUUUGUCAGUUAUCACGAUACCCUAACAUUAAAACAGUUAUUCUUUUUUUGCACAUAGUACAACUUGUGAUUGUGAGUUAUAAAUACACAUCUUUGGACUAGUUCACUUUUUAUUUUUAUCAUUUCAGACAGACCUUUGACUUUUGUCGGUUAUGAAUAAAUGCUCAUUAAGACUAUAUGUAGAAUGUAGUUUUGUUUAAAAUUAAGAUUUUAAAUAUUAUGAGUUGUAGGUAUACAUUUAUUUGUUACUUUUUGUAUUUGAUAAAUGAGCAGUCAAUCAUUUCAAGCCGAUCAAUUUGUGAAUUUACCAAGACAAUGUUUUUUUGCCAUGAUCUAUUUGGUUCUGUAUUGUGCAAUUACUCAUUUGGAAUUUAAUGCUUCUCAAAGCUUUUAGUUUAGAACAAUAUGAGCAGAAUAUGCGACCUAAGGGCUUUUUAACAAAGUUUAUAAGUAUUCACAAUUGUGUCUAAAAAUCUCCCAGUUCUUUUGACAUUUGGCAGUUACUGCUUCUGGGCCCUUAACCUAAAAUCCCCAUCUGGGGAAGUGCAUGUAAUUAUUUUCCCAAAAUCCUUAUAGUACAACCAAAUUGUGUCUAAUGUACAAUUUUGCCAAAGCAUCUGAACUGUGAAUAUAUAAUUAUUUUUCAAUUCUCUCUCCUGAUAAUCAAACAUUAAUAUUGUGCAUCAUUACACAAUGAUCAGGUAACUAGCUUGACUCGUAUGUCUCACUCUGUAAGCUGGAAAAAUCAGAGUUUGUGUGGUUUACACAUUUAACCUACAGUCAAAUUCUGCCAUCAGAGGAAAAAUCCUCGAAUGUGUGUCUCCUCCAGUUGGUAAAUUUGCACAAAGAUGUGGGUGCUAUUGUUUAUAAGCCAUCUGUAUAAAUAUAACUGAAUCCAAACAUCUUCAGUUCAACCUUCUCUCACUCACACUCACACCCUAGUAGUACAUCAUGAAAUACUGGUGUGAGAGGCUUUUAGACACUCUCUCUUCUGUUGUUGACUUUUUGUAUUAUUUGUUGGAUGACGUGAUUUUAGGGAUCGAGUUCUAGACACUCGGUUUCGUUUAAAUGAGAAAAUGUACACAAAAAUUUUAUUUGAUUUGUCUGUUAUUAAAGAAUCUCCCAGGCUGUGGGGAUUAAUCAUAAUAUAUAUCAUCCUCAUCUAGAAAAACUGGAUCUGAUUUAUUCAUUAUUUAUACAUGUUUUAGGAUGGCUAUAGAAAUUUAAAAUGAAUACAAACAUUUUGCUGAUGGC